AUGGCCACCUUGGAUCAAAUAAAGGAGGUUGUAAGGGGAGAAACAGACAAAAUUAAUUUAAAGCUUGAUAAACUGACAGCAAAUGUUGAAGAACUUUGUAAAACAGUCAAAUUCCUUAGUGAUAAGUACGACGAGCUGCUUCCUCAAGUGCAGCAAACAAACGGGAAGUUAAACCAGCAGGCAAAAAGUAUUGAUGCUGUAAAGGUGGAACUUGACAAAGUUAAGAAAUGUGCUACAGAUGCAAUGUCCCAAAUUGAAGAAAUCGUCCAAUACGUGUGCAGAGACUGUCUGGAAAUUUCGGGUAUAAAACCUUCUGCCGAGUGCACAUGUGAAAAGAUUGUCACCUCCAUUAGUGCAGUGAUUGAUGUCACUACAGUGAAGGAAGAAAUUUCUAUCGCUCAUCAAAUUCCCACUUAUAAGGAGGAUGCGCCUCCAGAGAUAAUUGUUGAAUUUACAAGGAGAAAUAGAUUGUAUCAUAAUGGUAGUCUUAGAAAGCUGGCCAACGAGAAAAUUCAAGAUUUACCCUAUCUUAACCUGAAGUCUACCGAAAAUUUGUACACUUCCGAAUCACUCACGCCCUACAAGAAGCAAUUCAACUCUUCAGUAAAGUAAACAAGCAAAAGAAGAAAUUCAAGUCGACGUACAUAUGGACACAUAGUGGAAUAAUCUUUAGCAAAGCAAACAAGAAUUCUACUACGACUCAUAGUUUCGACACAUUGGAGGACCUUGCAAAAUUUCAAAAUGAACUUCAACAUCUUACUGCCUAGAUUCUUCCGUUUACAGCUUUUCCACUUACGAGGAAAAAGACACCAUAGUCUAGAAAAA